GUUCCAGCGUCUCUCUGAGCCAUCAGAGAGAAGCCAUAGAUCAUGGCAAGCAAGACUCCCAGUGAGAGUGUGGAUAGUGAGCUGUGCUGCUCCAUCUGCCUGGGCACGUUCGUCUGCCCCGCCUCGCUGAGCUGCGGACACUCUUUCUGCCUCCGGUGCCUGGAGGCAGCCUGGGAGACGGCGAGCAGCUUCAGAUGCCCGCAGUGCCGAGUGACCUUCCCUGUGCGACCCCAGCUGAGGAGGAACGUUGCCCUCAGCAACCUGGCAGAGCAGCUCAGAGUUGGAGACGGGAAGGCCACGGCCGUCGUGUGUGACAACUGCAGGGACGGCCAGACUCCUGCAGUGAAGACCUGCGUGACAUGCGAGACUUCGUACUGUGCAACGCACUUGAGGCCUCACUUGGAGAAUCCCAGGUUGAGAGAACACCUCCUGGUGGCUCCCAUUGCGAACCUGGAACAGCGAAUGUGUCGGGAGCACAUACAGGAGCUCAUUCUUUACUGUGAACAAGAUGAGAGCCCGGUCUGCCCAGUCUGCCACGUCGCAGGAGACCACUCUGGGCACAGGUUCAUCACAGUGGAAAAAGCACAACAGACAAGACAGGAGGAGCUCAGAGUCAAGAAGGAUGAGAAAGAGGAGAAGAGGAACACGGCGGCGUCACUUACACGGACACUCAGGGAGGACUACCGGCGCGUGGAGGUGUCUGUGCGUGGGACCAAGGCGCGGAUCAGCCGAGAGUUUGAGCGCCGGAGGGAGCAGCUGAGGGUGGAGGAGAGGGAGGCGCUGGAGCACGUGGACGAGGAGGGCAACUCCGUGCUGUCCCGCAUCCAGGUGGACAUCGCACGCUACGAGAGCAGAGCACGCGGCCUGGAGCAGGAGAUCAACCAGCUGCUCGCCGCCCUCGCCGUGCAGGACCCACUCUCCUUCCUGCAGGAUCCCCUGCAUGAGAGUCUCAGGAACUCGGACUCGCAUGGGAUCCAGGAUGCGCCUCCUGCCACAUUCAGUCACCAAGAGCUCACAGAGGUCAUCUCGCUAGGAGGAGUGUAUACGAAGCGCAUGGCUCUCGUGUAUGGACGCUCACCAACUUUGGACACAAACUCAGCCAACGACCACCUCAAGAUUUCCUCGGACCUUAGAAGGGUGACGUGGAGCGAUGUCCCGCAGCGUCGCCCCCAUCACCCACAUCGUUUUGAGUACCAGUGCCAAGCGCUGUGCUCUGAGAGGUUCUCGUCGGGUCAGCACCACUGGGAGGUGGACGUGGGGAGCGCGUGGGGGUGUCGGGUUGGAGUCGCGUACGGGACGAUCCCACGGAGAGGGGAUGGUGGUGAGUGCCUCCUGGGAGGGAGUGACGUCUCAUGGUGUCUACGGAAACAAGGCGACAGCUUCUCAGUGCGGCAUGGCGGGGUAGAGACCUCACUGUCGGUGCCGGAGCCUCCGCGGAGAGUCGGGGUCCAUCUGGACUGGGACGCGGGGCUGCUGACGUUUUACUGCGCCGACUCCAUGGCGCCAUUGCACUCGUUUCACCAAACCUUCACUCAGCCCCUACACCCUGGGCUGUGGCUGGGGUGGUGGGAUGAUGACGAUGAGUCAGUAACGAUUGUGGAUCUGAGUGGUGCGUCCUGAGAGAGAUGAACGUGAACAGCGCAGAGGGCAGACGCCACGACGCACGGCGCUCGCCACCCUCGUCACCGUUACGUGCAGUGCCACGCCCUUGGCUGGCUGGUGGCUGUCGGUGGCUAGGGGCUGCGUGGCUCUCCAUCACAACGGGGGGGCUGAGCGUAAACAAUCCUCACAACCUUCAAAGGGGGGGGUGAUAAAAUAAGUACCGCUCUGUGUGUUUGAAGCCAGCGUGGAUGUAGUCACCCUGCCAGAGGAGUGUGACUGUAGUGUAGGGGUGCAGUGAUUAUCAAUGGUGAACUAGGAUGUGUUUAUACACCGGUGGUGUCAUGGAUUGUGGGAGAGAUACAACAAUAAUAAUAUUAAUUUUAAAAAGUUUAAAUGUAUGCGUAUGACAGUGGCAUUGUAAAGCUUGUAUCGUUGUUUCUACAUAAAAAAAAAUUGAACACAAACAACAAUGCAGUUGUGUACAGCGUCAAUCGUGCUCACUGCAUCCCGCAACGCUGUUAAUUAAUUAAACACGAGGACCAAAUCCUCUACACAGCCACUGCCAAGCAAAUUAAAUCUACAAACUAAUAAACAAAUAAAGAGAUGGCGCCAAACACAAAAGGCUCCAACAAUGUCCGAGCUGUUCAAGUCAUCUCCUGCUACGUCAUGGAUGUGGUGAUGUCACCACGUACGCUCCCCCAAUGCGAUGACGUCACCACGUCACCCUUCCUCCUCUCCCCUGUUGUAUGUGUUGGGUUAUGAAAUUUUGAUAAAAAUAAGAAAAAAUAAUAAUUUUCCGAAAAAUGCGCAAAUCGCAUUAAUUAUGUUAAUGUAUGUAUUAACAUGCAUAAAUUAUGAUAAUGCGUGUUAUUAUAUGCAUAAAUUAUGAUAAUCGCGGAGACAAUUGUAGUAAUUUAUGCGGAUGCUUGCGGUUAUGUUAAUGUGUGCAGUUGUGAUAAUAAGGCUUAGCUUCGUUUAUCCAGAGUUAUAUCAAUCAGGAUAACACGAUUAUCAUCGAUUAAACAUUUGCUGAUUAUCUUAGUGUGUUCGUUAUUUUAGGUCUCCAGGUUCAGAUCUCAUCACAGGAUACAGUUAUCAAGAAUAAGACAGUUUUGCAUGGACUUGGAAAGAAGCACUCGAACAGUUGGUGUUAAGCAAUUUUAAUUCUAAACAAGCACAUGACACUCUCUUAUGCGAAAGCAGGUAUACGUCAAUAAAUUCAUGUAACUCGAUUAUGCAAUUAACGAAAAUGAAUGACUAAAAAUACUUCUUCAUUGGCGUGAUUAUGCAGUUAACGAAAAUGAAUGACUAAAACAUUUCUUAUUCAUGUAACUCGACGGCAGCAACUGCUUUGCACGAUCAGUUGAUAUUGAACGCACCACCUCGA